AUGCCGAUGGUUAGGAAGUACCGUUUGGUCGCAGUAUUCGCUAUCGGUGGCACAUCUACACUUGCAAGUAUUGUACGGAACGUUUUUGUCCAUAAGGCUCUAGGUGACUUCACCUACCAAGGCUACAUAAUUUGGUGCUUUGAUAUAGUUGACAUCACCUUUGCGGUUAUCGUUGCCUCAUUGCCUGCCCUUAAUGGCUUGGUCGAAAGUGCACUACAGCGACUUAGCACCCUCAAGUCAUCCAAAUUUUCAAAAGGCGCCUCUUCUGUAACAUCAAGUGUAUGGAGGCGCCCUCAGCGUGUGGGCUCAGAGGCGCAUCUGGCUCGAGAUGCUGGUUCUGCUGAAUUGGGGGACGAAGAAUGGAGAAGUGAAUCUUCACAUGCAAAAGCGUUCCAUGUCGAACAAGCCACUGAGUUGACAGCAUACUAA